AUGUACACAGAGCUCUCAAGAGUCGUCUACUCCUAUUGUCAAUGCCGCAAUAAGGAGCGAGCAUGGAGUACGCCACCGAAGGCGUGUGUAGGAUUCCGGGGGCUACCUCGGAAGACGCCUCCCCGAGUUUCUGUCUCUAUCCUCACUUAUCUCCCGGCGGCUGUGUCUCGACUUAAAGAUACGGUUUGUCACUACGCAGCCAUGACUGAUGUUGUGGAUGCAAUCCUGAUACAGUGGAAUAAUAACGAAUUCAAAGCGCCAUACCUCGGUAACUGCAUCAAUCUCGCAAAGAGCAAUGAUAUCGUCGUCAAGACACAAGUUUACGCGCAAAAUACCUUGUUGAACCGAUAUCUGGCUACUGAAGAUAUGGGCCCCCUGACGAUGCUCCAGGACGAUGAUGUAAGAUAUGGUGAACGAGCAGUGCGGGCAUUUGCCGCCGUCGCAGCGCUAUUUCCUAAGUCGGUCGUGGGUGUCAAUGGGCGUAUGGCCAUUGCUUACAAGAGCCCCGGUGCUGUCGCAAGAUACUUUCAUCCAGACAAGGGGCCGGGGCGCUACUUAAAUGACUCACUAUUUCGUAUUGACGGUAGGAACACAAGCAAGCAUCUCUACAACAUGGCCACGGGAACCACAUCGAUCCUGCGGCGGUCUAUCAUUGAACACUUUGUAGAUGUACCACAGGCAUCGAAAGAUUAUAUCUCCACCCACAAGCCUACGUGUGAAGACAUCACACUUCAUUUUCUCGCAUCCAACAUGACACGGCAGCCACCUAUUUGGUUCCGACUCCAUCACGACGACGGCGGUGAGCUUGACAAGUUUGGAGACGGUGACGGCCUAGAAAUGCACCUCCACGUUUCCAAUUGGGCCGACCUUAGGGCCAAUUGCGUUGACCGCGUCGCCUCCGACUUCGGCCGUUUCCCCCUCGUGCAGACAAACUGUCGCUUAGACCUCCAUCGUUCCCAGCUCAAGCACAUGGGCCCAGCUGUGUGGUGA